ACCAGUGAAAUGUUUGCUAGUUAGCAGCAGGUUAGCACGUUGACCGUAGUUUCUUACUUAAUAGUUAACAAACUGUCCCUGAAUUUUGCCUUGUUUUUACGUUAAUGUUUUUUCUUCGGGGGCACAGUUUGUCGAUAUCACGACAAUGUCGGACAGGAAGCGAACAGGAGAGAAGGAAGAAAGACGAGACCACAAGAGACACAAGACGUCCAAACAUGAUUUGGAGAAACUCACAACACAUACGAAAAAAAUCAACCAAAAAGUCCAAACACUGAAACACGUGGAGACGUUCUAUGAGAAACCUCCACCAGGAUUCAUUAAGGAGCACGAGGACAAACCAGAGGACUGUAUCCCUGCCGAACCAGGAAAUGAGGAGGCUAGGAAUUUCCUGGCAAACGCCCCCACCAAGGGGCUGUGGAUGCCUCUUGGGAAGGAGGUGAAGGUGAUGCAGUGUUGGAGAUGCAAACGCUACGGCCACAGGACCGGAGAUAGGGAGUGUCCGUUCUUCAUCAAAGGCAACCAGAAGCUGGAGCAGUUCAGGGUGGCUCAUGAAGACCCGAUGUACGACAUCAUUCGGGAAAACAAAAGGAAUGAAAAAGAAACCAGGAUCCAGCAGCUGCAGCAGCUGCUUCAGGACACCACCUCCAAUUCAGACAGCUCCUCCUCUUCCUCUUCGUCUUCCUCCUCUUCCGACCACCAUCGCAGCAAGAAAAGGAAAAGGAGGAAGGACAGAAAGAAGAAAGACAAGAAGAAGAGAAAAAGGAAGCGAAAGCACAAGUCCUCCAAAACCAGCGACUGCUCAGAUUCAGACUGAGCGCUUGGAGCAUGCUGGUUUAUGUGCUUGUGUACUACGUGCUUAAAGCGUAGAAGAGACUGUGAAUGAAGAAGCAGCAAUGGUAGAUCUUCUGCAGUAGUGAAGUGUGUUCUGCCUCACUAAGAACUGCACUCUGGAGACCCUUUUAAGCCUUCUCUCUGCAGGUUAAAACCCUAAAACUCUAAAUCCACUGCGCAUGACUUCUCCCAGUCGCUUCAGUCUCUCCAGGGUGACAACUUGCACUGACAUCCUCUCUGUUAGUUCACACAGCGCAGGGUCGUAAUGGAACAGCUCCUUAAGUAAGUGCAUGUGCGUGUGCCUUGGUGCAAGUCUGUGUCAAAAAGCAUUAGCUGCAUGGGUAAUGAAUCUACAGUGAUAUGAAAUGAGCCCCCCGGUGUAAGAGAUCUUUUACAGGGUCUAAUAAGAUAGCAUGUCAGCAAAUACAGUGUGUUAUUAAGAGAUUGUAUUUUCCACCCCCCCCCCCCUUUUUUUUUUGUUAUCCCUGCCAUCUCGCUUCUUUUAAAUACUUUGAUUGUAGUGUGUUCAACGCAGAGAGGUGGGGGAAAAAAAGUCCAAAUUAAACGUUGGACUACAGCUAGAUUUUGUCUUCCACACAAGCCUGAAUGUUUGAACGCUUGUGACUGUACAUAAAUAUUUGAAUUAUUUGAGGUUGGAAUAUGCUUAUUUGCUCUGAAAAAAAAAAGCCACAGAGCCAGGGAAAGAAUGUAUGUGAAUGUGUUCCCUUCUUCUGAGGCUGAAAUGGCUGUUUUUCUCCAGUGUUUGCCCGGCUCUAGCAAAAACAAAGAUGUUAAUAACAAUCUUGGCCUCGACUUAAUGUGUCCGACACUUUUUCAUGUUGACGACGACUCACCCUUUUGAGGACGGUGCAGUGAAUUCCACGCACAGAAAAUCUGAUCAUUAAAGAGGACACGACGCAGCCCAGCCUCGACCUUCCUGAGAAGAAGAACAUUUUUCUUUUCAUCUUGUCCUGCCUGUCCUUCUGAGAGUGUUUUUCGAAAAUCAUUUCACAGUCUGUAGCCUACACAACGCAGAGCGACCCUCCCUCUCCGUGGUACCGUCGGCUUCUCAUCAAAUCGGGUUCUCGACCAGCGGCUCCCUGUCGCCGCUGCACGCGAGACGU